AUGACAACAAAUCUGGAGAGUUAUGUUUGUAAGAUCACACGCUACAUGCUGAUAUCAAUUUACGACUCUUUAUAUUCAGCUAUACGAAAGGGAAAUGUGUUAGUGUGCCGAGCCGAUGGACGAGUAUAUUUUGGAUACUACUAUACUAUACACACUUGUGAAUUUGCAGUAAAACUUGAUCUUGAAUUUCUUUUUAUCCAGCAAACAAAAUCAAUAGGCAAAUUACAGCUUAUUUCCAAUAUGCUCAGCAAGCCAAACUCCACAGGCACAGGCACAGGCACAGGCACACGCGCACAUUCGCUAUAA